AUUAGCGUGGAAAAAAAAAAUCAUCAUUACGCCCAAAUCUUUUGUCCACGCCGUCGUGACGUGCAUAUAAAAUGUAUUUACAAUGCUAUCUCCUAUGCAGGACAUUACAUACCCCAGUUGGCCGAUUUGCUAUUGGACCACAACACUCGUUCAACUGGUUUCAAAUUCAACAUCAAGGGAGUUGCAAUUGGAAACCCUCUCCUGAAACUUGACCGGGAUAUUCCUGCGACAUACGAGUUCUUCUGGUCCCAUGGCAUGAUUUCCGAUGAAACUGGCCUCGCCGUUAUGAAUGAUUGCGAUUUCCAGGAUUAUGUGCUUCCCAGUCCUCACAACGAAUCUCAUUCCUGCAACCUCGCCAUAGCCGAGGCUGAUCGUGUCGUGGGCAAUUACAUUAACGAUUAUGACGUGAUCCUCGAUGUUUGUUAUCCUUCCAUUGCUGAGCAAGAACUCAGACUCAAAAAGAUGGCUUCCAAAAUAAGUUUAGGCGUUGAUGUUUGUAUGGAUUAUGAAGGAGACUUUUAUUUCAACCUCCCCGAGGUUCAGAAGGCUCUCCAUGCAAACAGUACCAGUCUGCCCUAUAGCUGGUCCAUGUGCAGCGACUUUUUGAAUUAUAGCGAUUCUGACGGUAAAAUCAACAUCCUUCCAAUUCUCCGGAAGAUACUUCAGAAUGGCAUCCCAGUUUGGGUUUACAGUGGAGACCAAGAUUCUGUUGUGCCAUUGCUGGGUUCGAGAACGCUAAUGCGAGAACUAGCUCGUGACAUGAAGAUGAAGAUUACAGUACCAUAUAGAGCUUGGUUCCACAAAGGCCAGGUAGGAGGAUGGGUAACGGAGUAUGGGAAUUUGCUGACAUUUGCGACGGUGAGAGGGGCGGCUCACAUGGUGCCUUAUGCACAGCCAUCGAGAGCACUGCAAUUAUUUACUUCGUUUGUGAGUGGACGAAGGUUGCCUAAUACAACUCAUCCACUCAUCAAUGGCUGAUUUUUAAUGUCUUACCAGUUGCUAUAUAUACUAUAGCACAUAUAUCUGGAUUCUCUACCCCCUCUUGUUUGAGUCUUGACUGAGUGCCAUGGAAUGGAAACAGCAAUAUAUGUGUUCCGCUUCUGUAAGGAAA